CGCCUCUAUUAACUCUAGUUACUACGAGAAACCAAUUAUAUAAUACACAAUGAAUCUUAAAGAUAUAAUUAACACAAACGAUGCUGCUUUGACGGGACUCGAAGAAUUCGAACCUAUCCAGAUUCACUUGAAUGGAAAGAACAAGUACGCUGAUCUAGUGGACAAGUUAGAAGAGUAUUUAAAGAAUCCAGACAUUGAAGAAAUAGACAUGUUCUUAAAAAAGUAUAAGUUUGAAAAGGAAUUUCUGAAGCCUGACUUGUUAAGAAUUGUCUUGAGGGCAAAUAACUUCCACUUGCUCACUAAGUUUCAAUUUGAGACAACAAAAGAUCUAAUUGAUGUAACACUCAAAAUCGAUGAAACACUUAUCUUUCAAACAGAAAAUUUUAAAUUUUUCAAUCACUAUUGGUCAUUUUCUAUACAGAUGAGUUUAAAGCGUCCAAUUAUAUCAAAUUUACCCAAGGAAGAAGAAAAAGAAGAAGUUAAUGCUAGGGAUAAUGGUCCCGAUGAUGAUCCGGUUCUUAAAUUUGAUACAAAGUCUUCUGGGCAAUUUAGUUCUAGCACUCCUAUCAAAAGUCCUCUAGUUAGAAGUUUAUCCCAGCCUACAUCUGAAGAAUCCAGUGUAAAACGUACAAAAAGAACAUCUGGGUCACCUCUAAAGUCUGAACAUAGAGAUAAUGCAUUGAAAUCUUACAUUGGCUUGCUAUAUCCCGACUCAGAAGUAAUUGACUUUCCUGUAAAUGAGUUCAGUGAUCUUAAACUAAAGACAAUUCCUCUGGAGGGAAUAAGCAGGAGGUUACGCUUUGAAGUUCCAUCCACUUACACUGAAAUGGAUGUACAACUAGCUGCACAAAAAAAUAUCUUUGGUAUUCCAUCUCAUUAUAUUCUCAGUGAUACAUUGACUGGAGGGACUAGGUCUAUUACCAUAAAUGAGAAUAAAUUAGAAACACGGCCGGACUUGGAGAUUGAGUUAGACAAGGGUCUCAUUCCAAUUGAGAUCAAAAGGGAUUCAAUUAAAAAGAAUAUCGAGGCCUUUUAUGGCAAAACUUCUAUCAGGAAAAGAAUUAAUUUUCUAGAGAUUUACAGCCAAGGUGUCAGAGAGGCUCUCUGUUGUGGUAUAAACUGCUUUUUCCUAAGUGAUUAUACAACGACGUUAUUUGUCGAAUUCAAUUCAGUACGUGAAUUUCAAGAAAUUGAAGGCUGUACCAUAACCAGGCCCUUAGUUGGAAGGAUUAUACGUAUUGAAGAAACUAAAGAUUCUGAAUAUUCAGCUAAUUUUCAUCUAUUCCUUCUAUUGAAGAAACUUCAAACUGAUUACGUACAAAAUAGAAAAGUUCUACUAGACUUACAAAAGUAUGAUUGUUGGAAUAUCGUUGUUACAUGCCUUUGUAAAGUCGUAGAUGAUACGAAUAAAGGAUUGUUUGAAAUGUCCAAUUCUACUCCGGUUACAGCUAUUUCAGGCAAAACAUACGAUUGUGAUUAUGACUUUCUUACACGCUGUAUAUAUUGAGGGCGAUUUUACUUUUUUACCGAUGCCACGAAGGGCUCUUUUGUCUCGUAUUUAUAAAAUCUGAAGAGAACACCAAUAUAUUAAGAAUUAACUUAUCCUUUGGUGAAUUUAGUAUCAAAAAUCCUGAUCGAUCGUACUAGUAAACAUUUGCGACCUGGGGUUUAGUUCAACGGUUAAUAUUUAGAGAGAAGAAAGUUCUGUCAAGCGAAAAUCAAGCAAAUUUACACACUUUUCCCUUUCCAUUAUUUAGAAACACGACAAAUGUAUGUCUUCAUUUGGAUCUUCAAUAACUAUAGAUAA